AUGACUUUGCUUACAGCUGGAUUAGUAAUAUUAAUAUCAUAUAGUCUUUACACACCAUUGCCAUCUGAAAUUAAUGAACCUGGACUUGCAAGAACAUACAUAGCAGCAUUUAAGACAGCCAACUUUUUGGUGAGUUCUGGGAAAAAGUAUUGUUGGAAAAUGUUUGUGCAAGCAUCAGUAAGAUGUGAAUGGCUGUGUAAAAUUAUAAUCUUGUUGACAUUGUGUUGGCAAUAGGAAUUAAAGAUAUGGUUUAUUUUUUACACAGAUCUAAAGGUUUUGAUAAAAAUGUAUACACUCUCUUAUAACUAUUUAUAUAAGGUGCUUUAAAAAUCUAGGUCCAUUUAUAUAUUUAUAACAUCAUUUGGGGGCUAUUAAAUAAAAAGUGAUCAACUUAAAAUAUUCAGUUAACUCACCCCAAAUGUGAUGGCUAAAAAUGCUUCCAUUUAGUGUUUGGUGUGAUGUUAACUGUUAUCUAUGAUGUUCCUAAUCACAACUUCAUUUUGGAAAUAUUCAUAAUUUUUCUGUCAGAUAUAUUAACUUUCUCAUGAAAAUGAAUUUAUAUAAGUCCUAAUGCAGAAAAAAAAAACAGUAGUUCAACAUUUAAUAUGAAUUUAUGUUCUUAGUCGUAUGAUAAAAAGCCUCUAGAAGAUUUAUUGAAUUUUGAGUCAUGCCUCUGAUCCUGGUUGCCUUGUAAGUGUCAGACAAAAUGAAUCUGUGGUCUUUAUACAAAGUUCCCUCUAGAUGUUCUUCAGCCCAGAUCUAGAAAUCAGUAAUUGGAAAAUGAUUUAAAAGUUAAGUUAAGCUUUAUUUAGUUUAGGACAGGGUUACCCAAAAUGGGGUCCACCACCCCCAGGGUGUGAGGAAAAGAGUUUAAAGGAACAGAGGGGAGAUUAGCUUUUAAUUAAGAUAUAAAUGUUUAUAUAUUUUUAAAGACUUUUUCACUAAUAUUUUCCAUCAUAUAAUAAGUCACACAUUAAUUGUCUUAGUUCUACAUACAUUACUCAUUGCAAGUCAGUAUAUAAAUUAGAAGUCCAUUUUUUUUAAUGCAUUGCUACUUUUGUAGGGGUAAAAUUGUAGAAUAAAAUAUAAAAUAAGACAGCUGAAAUGUAAUAACCGUUAAGUUUUAUUUCAGCUAAGUGUUCUUUUUAUUUAAUUCUGUUUUUACUGUUGUUUGUUUCUAGAUGAAGGCUUCUUUCCGACACGUUCGUUGUUUUGUUGCAAUCUUUUUUUUCAGGUUUUCCCAUACUUUGUUUCGCUCAUUUCAAUUUAUCUAACCUGAUUGCAGUCUCUCUCCCUUACUACCAUUCUAAAUCAACUUAUACUGACAACUUGGCCUGUUGUUUUUCAAGCCCUAACAUAUCUUGUUGCACUAUUUAUUUAAAUAGACUGAAUGGUCAUGGACAAAUAAUUCAUUAAAUAGUAAUUUCCCAGUAUUUUUAAAAAUUAUUAAUCCCAAUGAUUUCUUGCUUUUUUUUUGUGCCUCUAGGCGUAUACUGUGGAACUGUUCACUACUUUUCAUCACGUAAAUGUGAUAAGAUGGCUGGUGAAUGUUGUUUAUAGUCCUGUUUUGACCAGAUAUUCUGAUAUAACAGUAAGUCUUUAUAAACACUCUAAUGUUAUUACAUUUAAAAAAAAAAAUUUACCCUGCAAUGCUACUUACAUAUUUGAAAUAAGUAUCCUAUGUUUUAUUAAACCAUGUAAACAAAUUAAAAUCACACCCAGGAACCAUAUUAGCGUUAGACUCAAAAAUUUCUUAUGGAACAAAAAAAGUUUUUCAACAAGUAGAAUGAAAUGAAACUGGAAAUUUAGUUUGUCAGUUAUGCUUAUUUUCCAAUUGUUGCUAAAAUGGCUCAUAUUUUAUUCCACUUAAACGUGCCUCAGUAGAGUUAAAAAAAAAAAAUUUAAGGAAUUGAAAAACCACUUCUUUUCAAUAGUUUGAAUGAAAAAAAAACAAAAAACUAUUACCUAACAUUCGCAAGAGAGUUACUGGUUACUGUGAAAUUACAGAUCACAUCUAUUUCCAUUUCAGGUGGAGAACUUGAAUUUCAAUGGCAUCCCUGUACGUUUGUACAGACCUAGCUCAGUGACGGAUCUCACCCCUUGUAUUGUGUACUUUCACGGCGGUGGGUGGAUUUUGUUUUCUGUUGGUGAGUAUUAGCUAAUGCUUUGUUUCUCUACUUUUUUACUUUUUUUUUUAUUCAUGGCCCACUUUAACAUUUGAUUUCCAUCCCCGGCCCACUCCUGUGUUAUUAUUCUCUUUUAAUUUCCAUUAAAUCUUUUAUUCAGAGUUGAAAUAUAUACCACCAGUAUGUAGGAUAUGAACCAUUAAAAACACAUUUCAAUUUUGUUUAUACAUUAGUAUUAUUCCAACUUGUUGAGAUUACUAAUAAUAAUUAUUAGUUUAAAAUGAACAAAAUAGAUUAAAUUUUAGCAGCUGAAUGAAGCUAACGUCCUUGCGGGUGAUGAAAAUAAAAAAAAUAUUUGAAUGUUUGUUGGCAGUGUUGUUAGUGAUAUUCAGAGUACCUCUGUUUUCCAUAUCAAGUUGGAUACAAGUUUUAAAUUUUAAAUGCAUAAUUCAACUAAAGCCAGAUUCCACUAAAUAAGAAUUAGGAAAGUGCCAUAAUUAAAAAAGUUUGCCAUGAGAAACUUAUUAGCAAUUUCAUUGUUUUUUUUUUAAAAUCUUGCUUGUAGUUCAAUAAGAGUCUCUUGUUUUUUGUGAUAAAAAGAAGAAAGCAUGGCAACACAAUUCAAAAGAAGAGUUAUAUUGGGUCAGGAAAAGAGAAAAAAGUGUACCCAUGGUGGGGAAACAGCCAAUCUACAACAUUUAAAAACGAUACAUAUUUAUAGUUAAAGUAUCUUGAUGACACACCACUUGGCCUGACACACCACUUGGCCAUGGUAGAAACUUUUAAUGAGAGAUUAUUUAAAACUUACGGCAAAUUUCAUUGUUUCUGUGAGCAGAAACACGUUCAGAAACACGUUCGAUUUCGACAUUUAAAAAAUAUAUGCCUAGACUGAAACACAACAGUUUUAUAUCUUUAUUUACAACUGCAGUAACACAAUACAAGCUUUCUAGCAAGGCUCAUUUUGGUCAUGCCUAAUUGUUUAAAUUAUUUUCUUUCAGAUACUUAUGACUUGCUUACGUCUGAACUCUCUAGAUCGACUAAUACCAUUGUCAUUGCUGUAGAGUAAGUUCGGGACAAUACAUAUUUAAAUCAACUGCAUUUAAAAAAAAUUAAUUUAUUGUUUUUUAACAUAUACAAAUAUAGUUUUAAUUUCACUGAAAUUCAAAAUGAGUUGCAUCAUUUAAAUGUUAGAAUUUAAAUUUAUACUUUUAGUUAUUUUCAACUACAGGUAAAGGUCUGUAAAAAGAAUUUGGUUGAAAUCUAUUAAAGAUUUAAUGGAUUAAAAGAUUCAAAUUACAUGAGUAAACAAGACAGGUGAACCUUUAUUUAUGGCUGGACAAAACAAGGAAUAUUUUGGUGAACCACCUUCUUCAGUGAACAAAACUCAUAGUUGUUUUGGUGAACCACCUUCUUCAGUGAACAAAACUCAUAGUUGUUUUGGUGAACCACCUUCUUCAGUGAACAAAACUCAUAGUUGUUUUGGUGAACCACCUUCUUCAGUGAACAAAUCUCAAAUGUUUUGGUGAACCACCUUCUUCAGUGAACAAAACUCAUAGUUGUUUUGGUGAACCACCUUCUUCAGUGAACAAAUCUCAAAUGUUUCGGUGAACCCCCUUCUUCAGUGAAAAAAACUCAUAGAUGUUUCAGUGAACCACCUUCUUCAGUGAAAAAAACUCAUAGAUGUUUUGGUGAACCCCCUUCUUCAGUAAAAAAAUAUAAUAUAUAUAUAUAUAUAUUUAAAUUAAGGAUUUUAAAGGAUCAUUAAAUCAUAAUGUACUUUAUUGAACAAACUACUUAGCUAAUGCAAAUAAAAAGGGAUGGUCUAUUUAUCUUCAGCCCAUAAAAACUGAUCUCAUGUUAAUGUUUUUUAAGAAUAACGGAAAGUUCAGAUUACUGAUUUCUAACACUUAGGACCAACACAUAAAGUAGUCAGGGGGUAGUGCACAGUGGUUCACCAGAAUCCUAUUUUUACCAUGGAAUCAUAUUUGCCAUAAUUAACAGUGUUCAUAAAUGGCCUGUUAAUAUCUGUGUUGCUUUCAGGGGUGUUUGACCCAAUCAGAUACAGAGUUUCUUAUUAAUUUUAGUAUUUGUAACAGUUUUGUUAUUGUUAUUAUUUAUCUUGAAACCAUCAGUGGGAUGUUUAACUGAAAAGCUACAUUAUUAAGGUUGUUAUUGAACUAAAAUAAACUAAUAUCAGCUUCACCUAAUCCGGUCAAGUAUUUAAUUUGCUCCAAGUGUGCCCUAGAUCAGUGUUUUCCAAAGUGGUAGUCCACUGAUCGGCACUGGUCAUUGAUCCUUACUUUGCUGUCUGCACGACAUGAGUCAAUAAACUGGGGAAAAAGUUAUAUGUUUCUUGGUUUGAAUGAAUUUCAUUUUUAAUUUGCAAAUAUCACUGUCUACAAUACAGCCAUGAUAUUAUUUAUGGGGAUGGGCAGUUUUUUUUACACCCAGUGGGACAGAUUCAGGGUCCUGGUGUUACAAAAAAGAGCUAUCUUCUCAUUUUCUAUAAUGCAUUCCACCCAAUGGGGAGAAGUGAGAAGUGUAUGCAUCGAACCAGUGGUCAUCACAAAAGCAUCAAAACCGAAGGCUUCAAAACACUAACAGCUUAGUAAUAUAAUCCUAAUUUGACAAAAAUUGUAACGUGGGAACUGAAAAUGAAAUUCGACCAAAUUUUCGUUUGAUCAAAUUACCUUCGACAAAAUUUCUUUCCAUCAAAUUUCCGGUAACCCAUCAUACUAGCUUGCUUGAGACAGAAAUCUUUUGCUAAAAUAAGGUGGUUUUGGAUGCUGAAUCUGUUUUUAUCCUCAAUGGGCUGUUUCCUUUCUAAAUCUAAAGAAUCCAUAGCCUGACUAAAGCUUGUGGAGAGCUGAUUUAAAAUAUGGCUGGCUACCCAUGACCUCAUUUCACAUUAACAGGACAGUAACGUGGAAAUAGUUUGGAAAUUUAAAAAAAAAAUAAUAAUUUGUUUUUCCCCCUAUAGCAUUUUUAAUAUAUAAAUUGAGAUAAAAUGCACUCAUUUUUAACAUAUUUUUUAAUGCAAUAGAUGAGUGGACAUGAGUGUUCUUCUGCACGUUGACUUUUAUUAACAAAGGCGUUAUGACUGUAGCAUUGAAAAGGGAACAACAUGGCUGCUUGCAUGCUUCCAAUCUCUGGAAAAAAACUUAAAAUCUGUGAGCCAAUAUUUUUGCAAAUGUAAUCAGCUAACACUAUAACUGGGGCUGUGGAGAUUUUACAAUUCUGACUGAAUUUAAAAAAAAAAAAAAGUUUCCUUUGUCUGUUGAGUAAGGGAUAAUUUUGCUCAUUUCUAAAAGCUGUUAAGCUCCACAGCCUUGAUAUGAAGCCCAUUGUUAUUACUUAAUAAUAAUUACCUUUUCAUAUUUCUUUUGAUAACAUUGGAUUAAUGAUUGCUCACCCUACGGACAAAUUUCAAUCUCAAAUUAACCUCUCACAUGCAUUUUCAUAUUACUUGAUAACUGUAAUUUUUAUCUAUGAACAUAUUAUUGAAUUGUUAUCUUUUUUAAAAAGAAUAUUUUAUUCGCAUUUAAUUCAAAAGUACAACUUUUUCUUUUAAAGGAGACAAUCUUGAUUUAAAGUUAGGGUAGUACCACUUCAUAUAUUGCCUAAAUAUACACAGUUUUACCCAAUACAACAAUAUUACUUUUGGGGUGUUCACAGUUAUCGAAAGCCACCAGAGUACCCUUACCCGUAUCCGUUUGAUGAUUGCUUGAGAGCCACUCAACAUGUCUUACAGAACGGCCAGCAGUACUUGAUAGAUGUCAACAGAGUUGCCGUGGCAGGUUGGUCUGUUUUGCUAUUGUACUGUAGUUUUUGCUGAUGUUUAAUUCCCAGACUUUUUUUGAGGACCUGGGGGGAUGAAAUGAGAAAGACCACCAAGUUCCACGAUUAGGUCAUCAUCAUCAUUGAGAUCCAGUGGCUAUUAGGUCAUGUGCCCUUCAGCCUGUGGCCAUGGUGAAGAGUUUACACUUUCUGCGCAGCUGUUCUUUUUUUGUAUAUAGAGUGUUUGUGUAGUCUGGUGUGUUUGGUGGGUAGUUUAGGCGUAAUUCCUAAAGUGCUGGACUGCAGGAGAGGUGUUGUGUUACUGUCUCAUUUGAAUAUCUGCUGAGGGGGCAUAUUGGUUUUUUAUCUGGUUUUAUGCAGUUAAGGUGGGGAUUGAGUAGUAUGAUGUCUUAGCGCAGACAAAAGAUUAUGACCUGUUCAUGUCUUCGAAGGUAAUUUAUUGGAUCUUUAGGAUUGGAACUGGACAUUGUGUGUGAAUUCUAUGUUUGGUUGUGUUGAGUGAUGUAGGUAUGUUUGGCUAUGUUGAGUGAUGUAGGUAUGUUUGGCUGUGUUGAGUGAUGUAGGUAUGUUUGGCUGUGUUGAGUGAUGUAGGCAUGUUUGGCUGUUAAUUGGAUACUCCCAGUUUUGCUAGGUUGUCUGCCCUUUCAUUUCCAGGUUUAUUGUGUUCUGGUGACCAUUGUAAGCUUUACUGCGUAGGUUUUGAGGAUAGCUAUUUUCAUAAGUGAUUUACUGUUGUGAGAUCUUGAUGCACAGCUGCCUGAACGAUUGAUUACCAGUCAUAGAAGAUAAUGACAUUUCCUUGCUUUAUGGUAUAAACUGUGAAUAUUGCAGAUAGGUGGUGUAACACUGCUUCAUAGCAGUCACUUCUGCUUCAUAAUUAGUCUAGAUCACCCCACAGGGGUUGCAGAGUUUGUCACAUGAUCGGCCAGGGUAUUCUAUUCAUACACCAUUGCCUGCAUGUAGGGCUCUUUUGAAAGCUUACCCAUAUGUAUUACUUGGAUUAUGCUAUGAUUUUUUUUCUGCAGCUAUCAUUGUAUGUAAUGGGUCUGUACGUUUCUAUCUUUUGGAUUAAGUCUGUAUGAUAUAAGUCGUUGUAAAUUAUGUUGGUUUUGUUCUGAAUGUCUAAUGAUCAGGUGAUGGAGCCGGUGGCAACCUGGCUGCAGCUGUUGCUCUCAGGCUGUCGGAAGAGGAUCCAACUUACACACCACAUAUAAAACUUCAGGUAAUCUUCACUGUAAUGGACAGUGUGCUUGUCCCUUCUGUCUUUGUGAAAGUCUUAGAGGCCUUAGAGUCAAAUGAAAUCCAAUGGGAGGCCACUUGAAGUGAUUGCGAAUAAACUAUUGGAAAAUUUAUUUCAAUUUUGUGCCCAUAUAUCUAACCAUGAAUUAACUAAAUUGAUUUCACCAUCUAUUUAAAUCCGUUUGGGGGGGGGGGAUGUUAAAGAUAAAGGAGUAAAUAUAGUGCUAAAAUUAAUUUUAAUCUGACAAGAAUGUCAGGAUUUAGCUAAUUCACUUAAAAUAAUUAUUUACCCUGUACCAUCAACCACCACCCAGUACCAUCAACCAACUGCCCUGUACCAUGUAUAUGAAUUUUCCACAUGAACCAGCUCCAUCAGCAUGUAUUAAAAAAAAUAAACUUGAUCUAUUUUGUCCUAUUUCUGUUAGAUGAAGAACAAUUUUGGCCAAGCAGGUUGUUUUGUCAUUUGAUUUAUCUAGUUUCCACACUUGUUUUACUACAUAUUCCCUACUCCAACAUCUUGAUCCCAAGCUCCCCAAUUAAACAAAAUAAUAAAUGAUGUAACAAUCAUUGUAAGUUAUUUAUGAAGCCAUAACUUCCUUUACUCUCUGACCCAAUAACUUCUCAUAAUCCUGGUGAUUUUGUAACCAAGUUUUCUCAUCCAAAUUUUUAAGGAACUGUGAUUAUUCUUAGUAUAUUGAUUCUUUAAAAUUGACUUGGCAUUUAUUUAUCCACUAUACGUUAUGGAAAAAUAAAAUGGCUGCAGGUCCUGAUUCAACCAGCACUGCAAGCCUUGUCAUUUGAUACACCUUCUUAUCGGCAGAAUGCUGUCAACACUCUAGUGGGCAGGUGAGUCUUUUCUCUUUCUUAUUUCUGGAAGAUUGAUUGUUUGCUCUUUUACCCACAUGUUUUGUAAACUUGGCAAACUAUAACAGGCUGGCAUUCAUCCCUCGGCUUGAAACAAGGAUGUGAUUGUUGCUGGUGGACACAAAGAAACGUCAAGUGGCUCGUACGGCUUGUUGGUACAAAUUGUAUCGUUAAGAGUCCAAUGACACACCACCUUCAGCAACUCCAACUCCUAAUUUUUCUGUUGUCGUCUACUCCUGAAGCCUUGCCCUUAAAGGGUUUGCCUUAAUACGGUAGAGAUAAAUCAUUGAAGUUUUCUUUUCUUAGACGAGUCACCAUUCAAGGAUAAGAAGCCUGGCAUUGUGUAGAUCUGCCAAUUUGCAAUUAGGUUCACAUUUUUUAAAUAAAUUUAACUUCGAUAGCUGGGUUGUUUAAUAAGCAGACCUGUUUACCCUCAAACUCUUAAACUCGUACAAUAUCUUCACAAAAUCGUUCAAUGCAUAGUAUAAAUAAUAUAUACACAUCAAAAUCGUCCACUGUACACCAAAAUCGUAAGAGUAAACAGGUCUGUUGAAGCAUAAUUUAACUGUAAAGACUCCCUAUAGGUUUUUCUGAUAUUAACUGUCAUUUUAUUGCAUUAUAUUUUAGAACACAAAUGAUUCUUUUCUGGUGCCACUACCUAGACGUCCAGCCAACCCAAGGUACAAUAAACUCAUUUCAAAGUAACCAGCACCUCUCACCGAGUAUAAAAAAUUCCAUUUACUCAUUGUACAUCUCGGAGCUCCAGCUCCCAGAGUGCAUCAAAAUCAAUUACAUCCCAAGCUCCUUGGCUAGACACUGCCCUGAUUAUGACAAACAGCUUGCUCAGAAACUGGAAUCCAAAGUUGUUGACCCUUUUUUAUCUCCGCUAAUGGCCGACAAUUUAUCCAAACUGCCACGUGCCUACGUCCUGGUGUCUGAGUAUGAUGUUCUGAGAGAUGAUGGCCUGCUGUACGCCUCGCGGCUCAGGCAGGCUAAUGUCCCUGUGGUGUUGAGGUAUGUGAGAGAUCAGAUGCAGGGGUUUAUGGCUCCAGCAAUGUUUUCAGAUUAUUUCAAGUUCACAGCUGCUAAUGUCACAUGGUAUGAGGUGUAUGAAUACAUAAAUCUAAAUUUGUAACUUUAAAAAUGGUUUAAUUUUGACAAUGUUUUCGUUUCUGACAUGAUUAUGAAAUGGGAUAAAAAUUGUAUGACUUUGCCCCCUCAACGCCAUGUACAGUAUUUGUACAAGUGUCUUAACUCUUUUAUCAUAUUGCCUAUAAAAUAUCUAAAACUGUGAGUGUGGAGAUAAUAUUUGGGUUUCAGAUUCACAGUGAAGGCAAUAUUUUUAACAUGUUUCUAAGCCUGUGUAUACAUGUUUAUACUUUUUUUCAAAGUAUUACGGAAAGAAUCUGAUUCUCUGAUGGAAUCCAGAAAACUAACUAACUCUUCUAUUCUAUGUCAUUUUAACUUCUGAAAAACCAAUGCUGUCAGGAUAAAACUAGUUGGAAAAAAGAUCGAAUUUUACACCAGUAUCCUGAAUUAUGUGAAGUCUCAAAAGGUGAUUUGACAUUCCUGGACAGAAAAUCAUUUAUUUGGAAGGUGAAAAUAUUCUUUCUGGGCUGUUAAGAGGAACAAAAAAAAAGGGGGGUUCUAUUAUUUUAAUUUAUAUCGUUGAAGAAAUUGUCCUGCAAAUGUUUUAGCGUAACAAAAAAUUGAAAAAUUGCCAGUUUAAAAGUAUUCUGUAUACAUCAGUGUUACUUUAUUAUUUGUAACUAAGUAUUAAAUGACUUGUUCUAAUGAUUGUGUUUGCAUUUUUUAAAAUCAGGUCCAAAGUACUUGUGACAAAGCCUCGUUAUUUGAAAAGUUUAUUGUUGUGAGGUAUUUUAUUAGACAGAUAAAUUGCAAGAUGUGUGAUGAAAAUCAUGUUACAGUGACAUGUUCUUUUUAAAUCCUUUAUAUUAACUUUACUUGUUUCACAUUUUUUUGUGGCAAAAUCUUAGGAAGGUUAAUGACCCACUUCUUGUCAUGCUAUCACGCUGAAAUUUGGCACAAAGACUUGCAGAUGAGAACACAUUCUUUAAAGUUUUCAACCCACCCCCAACUCCCAAAAAUCAGUUUUUCCUGUUUUUUCAAAAUAACUUGUUGGGCCCUAAAAUUCAAGAAAGGUAAUACAGUUUAACCACUAUUAUAAUGUUUUUUUUUACGGCUUUACUCCCUUAACAAGAGCCAUUGCAAUAAAAAUCAAAUGUAUUUUUGAAGGGGAAAAUGAAGGAAAUAUGAAAUGUGUCUUAGCCAAAAGUUAACCCAUUUACAUAACCGCUUCUUAAUAAAUGAUAAACCAGGUACAAUUAAAUAAAUGCAAACAAAAAUGCAUAUAAAGGAUUUAAAUGAAAAAUUUAAAGUUUGUUAGCGGUUGUUUUUGUUAGACUUGCUUGGCUUAUCAUUGAUUGCUGUUGAGGAAAAAUAUGUAAAAAAAAAAAAAAUAUUUAAAGAUAGAAAUUAAAGAAAUGAAGAUAUUAAGUGAAUGAUGGAAAAUUUUGUUGAUGUUAAAACCACUUACUUGUCAAAAUAACAUACUUGUUAUAUGGUACCUCUGUUUAAUACCACUAUUUUUUAGUUUUAUGGAUAUUUUUGUUAUAGACAUGAAUUUUUAAUAUACACUUUAUACCAAAAUCUCAUUUUAACUGGUGCUAUAAAUAAUUUUUGUUUGUUAUUUCAUCUGGUGAUUUUAAAGUUACUCAAACAAAUAUGCCUGUAUUGUCUUUAUUUGAUAAAGUUUGUAUUCUGUCUGAACUGUAUGGGGUCUAUUUUAUGGUGUAAUUCUGUAUACUAAGUUUUUAUUUUUAAAUCAACUCUGGCCUUCUCUGGUGAUUGAUAAUUAUUUUUUUUUUUAAAUUGGUGGUAAAACAGAUUAUAACAAUAAUUGUUUAAACAACACUACGUAGCCUUUUUUUUUUUUUAAAGUUAAAAAAAACAACUAAUGCUGUGUUUAAAAACAUUAAAAUCUGAUCUAGAAUAUUUGAGUAUUGUGACUAGAUACUUAGGCAUGACAUGGGAUUCAUCCAUAUAUUCUCAUGCUCUUUUUAAAGCUUC